UCGCAAGAUUUCUGUUACCCUAGAGCAUCUUAGAGACUACAAAGACCUUAUCACAACUGCAACAAGCGAUCUCGAGGUGCGAUUCAAAACUACUGACGGAAAGUUCCAAUCUUUAGUAGAGCGUACUACGUCAAGCUCUGCAAUAACAGAACUUCAAAGCUUAAAGGACAAGCGCUCAAGCACACAAAAAUGCCUCCAGAUUUGCGUUCAGUUCUCCAAGCUUAUCCGGCAGCUUCAGUCAUCAUCAGCGAAGGAUCUUCCCCAAGGCUUAGACAGCAUACCUAAGAAGACCACGAACAAUGGCGUACGAGAAUUGGAAACUGUUUCACAAUCUGGUAACAAAAAACCAUUUGGUAACUUGUCUCCUGAGAGUAAUUUAAACAGUGGUGAUAUUAGGUCGAUCAGAUCUGAGGAAGCUGAUAACCAGUCUUUCUACACUGGCUCCUAUUCACGGCGUGUCUAUGAUCAGGAUGAAAUGAAUCUCUCUUAUUUGGAGAACUGGUUGGUCAAGAGCAACAGCCCUCCACUUGCUCUUGAGGACGCUUCAGGACAGCUAGACAUCGAUAUGUACGAAAAGCCAAUCCCGAGCGAGAUGAAAACUGAUGGCGAUUCAAACUACAAAGAUGACAGUAGUGCAACACUUGACCGUGAGGUAGAAAGAGACGACAAAGAAGGAGAGAACUACUCGAGAAACAUAGAUGUGGCAAGAUUUCCAAGACUGUGCCUUGUUAUGCAAAGUCUUGUUGAAGACCAGCCUUUCCAAGAAACGAUAAUCCUGCUAGAGGAUCUGACCGGGCUGGAAUGGGAUUGGUGGCCGUUUCCACCUCCGAUGAGUCCACUCAUCGAUGGCGAUACACGAGUAUUUUGGCGAUGCGUAAAAAUUUCUUAUCCACAAGUGUUCGUUGCAUUGACUACGAAAGCUUUGUGGAACAUUUUGCUGGCGAACAUUGAAACCUGCACAAAAACCGAUCUAGUCUCGUUAUCUGCCGAUAGCACAGUUUCUUUCCAAACAUCCAGUGGAACUCCCCCAGUAUCUGACCAUACAGCCUCUAAGUCAAGUAGCUAUCAGCAAAAGAAGCCAUUUUGGCUCAUCUUCAAGAUUGAAGGGUCAAAGAACUUUGCCGAUUGGGAUCAAUUUGGGGACGAAAAACUCACCAUCGACCGUCUAUUUCAACAAACGCUGAGACAACGGCAAAAUGGGUUGAGAGAACAGUUCCGAUUGUGGGUUUCGUAUGGGCAACUUGGCUAUUGGGAGUUCGUCAAGUGCCGUCAGCUUCAGAAGACACGGCGGGGCCGACUCGUUGACCGAGGGGUCGACCUUCCUGAGACACUGGAUUAA